AUGGAGAUGGAGAAUAAACCUGAGGAGGAAGCUUUAACCAUCAAAGCAUCCCUUACUUGCAUUGAUCUUGAAAACUCUGACCUUCAUCAAUCAGCUGCUUUGCUCAAACAGGCAUGUCUAGAUUCUGGAUUUUUUUAUGUCAUAAAUCAUGGUAUACGUGAGGAGUUGAAGGACGAGGCUUUCGAGCAGAGCAAGAAGUUCUUUGGUCUUCCUAUGGAAGAGAAGAUGAAAGUCUUGAGAAACGAAAAGUAUCGAGGCUAUUCACCACUUUAUGAUCAACUCUUGGAUCCUAUAAACCAAGUUCGGGGGGAUUGCAAAGAGGGUUUUACCAUUGGAAACGAAGGUCCAAAAUAUGGUCCCCAUUUGGAUAAGCCAUUCUAUAGCCCUAACAUUUGGCCUAACCCUGAUGUUUUGCCUGGAUGGCGGGAGACCAUGGAGGAAUAUUAUCAAGAAGCAUUGAGGGUUUGUAGAUCUAUUGCGAGAAUUAUGGCUUUGGCGCUCGACUUGGAUGCGGGUUACUUUGAUACACCUGAGAUGCUUGGAAAUCCAAUUGCGGAUAUGAUCUUGUUUCACUAUGAAGGGAUUUCUGAUCCCUCGCAUGGAAUUUAUGCAUGUGGAGCACAUUGUGAUUUUGGAAUGUUGUCUCUCUUAGCAACUGAUGGUGUAAUGGGACUUCAGAUAUGCAAGAAUAAAGACGUAAAGCCUCAAAAGUGGGAAUAUGUACCCUCGAUUAAAGGAGCCUAUAUUGUGAAUCUUGGCGAUUUGCUAGAGCGUUGGAGUAACGGCCUUUUCAAAUCUACAUUGCAUCGUGUACUUGGGAAUGGACAAGCCCGAUAUUCCAUUCCAUUAUUCGUUAAACCGAGCCCUGAGUGUGUCAUAGAGUGUCUUCCCACGUGCCAGUCCGAAAACAACCUUCCCAAAUAUCCAGCGAUCAAAUGUUCAACGUUCCUCUCCCAACACUACAAAGCAGCACAUGCGCACCACAAAAAGACCUAA